AUGAGUUAUAAGCCCCGCGGGCGUUCCCUGGUGGUGAGCGCCGUCAGCACCACCACUGCCAUCGUCGCGGGCCUUAUGGCGGCGGGUGGCGGCGUGGCGCUGGCCGCUAGCGUCGCCAGCGGCGGCGGUGGUGGCGGCGGAGGCGAUCCUCGCGCACUGACGCGGUCCGGCAUGGACAAGUUCCGUCGCAACGCGGUGGAGGCCUCCCUUGAAGAUUUUGACCGUGUCGUACAGCUGGCGCCUCAGAUGCGGCCGAUGCUCCCUGCCUGCUCCGUACCUCCACACCCAGAGGAGUCCAUAUGGACGUUCCUUUGUGAGGCCCAGCUGCUGGGUCCUGAUCAGGCACGGAAGCAGUUCCUGGAGGUUGGUAGGGACCCACGACCCGUCAUGCGGACCGCGUACGAAUGCUUCCGUACCGGGGAGCUGCCGGACAAGAUUAUGGCCCAAGUAACGGAUAACGGCGGUCACGACACGUUUUACGGCCGAUUGUACGUGGGACUCUGGCACGAGGCACAUGGCAACGCGACGGAGGCAGAAAAGGCCAUUACGGCUGCCGUACAGACGCCGUACGCCCGGCUUUCCGGCGAUUACAUGGCCAGCCUGGCUAGGCACGUGCCCUUCUGGACACCGGCAGCACCACCACCGCCUGGAUCCCGACCACGUACCACCCCAAUAUCCAACGUCCUUUACUCAGACAGCGGGAGCCCCACCAGACAAACACGGCGGCGAGGGCCGCUUCUUUAA